AUGGACGAGGGUUAUUAUGUGGCAGAACGCAGACUCCUCAUUAACCGCAUAAAACAACUCCACCAUCGGGCACUACAGGCAGAGGAAAAAUGUCGUCGGCAGAAGGAGCAGAAUGCGGAGCUCCGUCAUGAAGCCUCGAAACUGUUGCAGCAAAAAGAUGAGCAUAUUGCUGAGCUUACAAUACGGUUGAAUGACUUACACUAUCAUCCGGACAUUCUUACUGAUGACGAAGCGAUUCAGACCAUGGCCAAGCUCGGCCAGAAACUCGACGUUUGGGUCAAGGGCAGCUUCAGGAACGAGGACCUUCUUCACGAUCUCCCCCUGUUGGAACUCGUGGAUAUGCCGUACAGUCCACUACCUGUGGGAACGAUCAACCAGGUGCAGAAUCCGCAUCAUAGGUGGGCAUUUAUCCGGGCAUUCGUCACGUCAUACCUCUUCUACUAUUUCUUUGACGACUACAUGGUGGGAGUCAGGAACCCGGGUACUGAGUAUGGCCUAAUGACCAUGGAGUCGGAGAUUUUUGACAAAUGCCCGGGUCAUGUUGCUGACAACUGGCGCUCAGCGACCUGCAUGGCCAUCCAAUCUAUGACUAAAGAAUAUCUGGAGGACGCAGGCAUGGAGUGUAUCAAAAGAAUUGAGCAACUCGCCUCCUGUGCCUCUUCCGAUACCUGGCUAAGACAAAAGAAGUUCACAGAACUUCUUCAAAGCUGCGUGGACUUUAAGCGAAGCCUUGAGCGACAGCCAGCCCGAUAUAGAUUUUCACGUACCUCUUCCGGUCAUGGAUUCACAUCUGGCACAAUGCAAAGCAUAACGGGAGAAGAAGGAGAAGGCGCUGUUGUGGAGUUCUCUCUGUGGCCUGGGUUAUGGAAGGGCGAUGUUCUCCUCUACCCUGAGACAGUCUGGAGUAAGAUGGACGAAGCUUCCGUGAAGGAUUCUAACCCAGGAACAGAAACGGCUCCCAUCCGUCAAGGUGAGGCUGGAAUUAGUAGCCAGAUCUCGGGGGGUACUCCUGGUUCCGGAUCAGUUCGAAUUCAUUUGCAUAACCAUCUUGCCCUUGAAUGA